CCGGGGUGUUUCAACAGGAAGGCGGACAUGUUGGUCAGGCAGUGGGAGAAAAUCGGGCACCCAGUUUUUUUUUUUUUUUUUUUUUUUUUUUGAAUAAUAACAUCGAUUAAAGCUUGAUUUAUCCUUACAGUUACAGCAUAGUGGAUUACAUACUUGUUGGAAAAGUAAAAGCCGGCGUGCGGACUAGGGGAUAUUUAUUACAGAAGAAUUGUAAAGGAUCGUUUUAACCAGGAUCUUGUUUUAACUGAUCGAAAUUUGUAAGGCGAAGUUUUUUUUUUCGCUACUUCUCACUUUGCAGCUGUCAGACUCGUUUGGCCUGGCAGGCAUUUAUGGACAGAGGCCUGGAGAAACUUAAUUUCAUGUGGCCGCAUGCUAACUCUGCAACAUUUAUUUUAUCACUUCUUUUUGCGUGGAUAUGAUCUGUUUGUAUGUUUUAAAAGAGCUUGUUCUCCACAUAUCUCCUGAAGCUAAAUUAGCUUAGCGCAGUAUAAUCUGUUGCUGCUGCUUUUGUGUUUGCCAAGUUGUCAUGGACUAAUCCGACACCUUGUUUUGUUGUUGUUUUGUUUUUGAAAAUGUGGCUUUUCGUCAUCUCUCGGUGUUGUAUACGUUUCAACGAGAGUGAUAAUAAGACAGUAAGACACAAAACGUUGCUUUGAUCAAACUAGUGCUUAUUGCUUUGUGAGGGCAGAGGAAGUUGGCGAGUUCAUUUGCUAACCUUAGCUAGUAAACUCACAUCUCUUCCAUACGUCUGAAUCAAAUCCAUCGGAUCAGUUAUGAACAUGUCUGCUGGAGAAAGUUUGACAGCUCGCUUCGAGAAGAUCGAUGCUAUGCUGAAGGAUCCCAAAUCAGAGGUCAACACAGAUUGUCUGCUGGACAGUUUGGAUGCUCUGGUUUAUGACCUUGAUUUUCCGGCCCUGAGGAAAAACAAAAGCAUCGAUAACUUCUUAAAUAGAUAUAAGGACACAAUCAGCAAAAUUCGUGAGCUUCGUAUGAAAGCAGAGGACUAUGAAGUGGUAAAGGUCAUAGGAAGAGGGGCAUUUGGAGAAGUACAACUGGUGAGGCACAAAGCCACGAGGAAAGUGUACGCCAUGAAGCUGCUCAGCAAGUUUGAGAUGAUCAAAAGGUCGGACUCUGCUUUCUUCUGGGAAGAGAGGGAUAUUAUGGCCUUUGCAAACAGUAAUUGGGUAGUACAGCUGUUUUAUGCAUUCCAAGACGAUCGCUACCUCUAUAUGGUGAUGGAGUAUAUGCCAGGUGGAGACCUGGUCAACCUAAUGAGCAACUAUGAUGUGCCUGAGAAGUGGGCACGUUUCUACACUGCUGAGGUUGUGCUGGCACUGGACGGCAUCCACUCCAUGGGCUUCAUUCACAGGGACGUAAAGCCUGACAACAUGUUGCUAGACAAGACAGGCCAUUUGAAGCUGGCAGACUUUGGAACCUGCAUGAAAAUGAACAAGGAUGGAAUGGUACGAUGUGACACAGCAGUAGGAACUCCAGACUAUAUUUCUCCAGAGGUACUGAAGUCACAGGGAGGAGACGGCUACUAUGGCCGAGAGUGUGACUGGUGGUCUGUGGGGGUCUUCCUGUACGAGAUGCUUGUUGGUGACACGCCAUUCUAUGCUGACUCUCUGGUGGGCACCUACAGCAAGAUCAUGAAUCACAAGAAUGCCCUGACCUUCCCCGAUGACAGUGACAUCUCAAAAGAUGCAAAAAGCCUCAUCUGUGCAUUCCUCACGGACAGGGAGGUGCGGUUAGGACGCAAUGGAGUCGAUGAAAUCAAGCGACAUAAUUUUUUCAAGAAUGACCAGUGGGCAUGGGAGAACAUCAGAGAGACGGCUGCUCCAGUGGUGCCGGAGCUAAGCAGUGACGUAGACACAAGCAACUUUGAUGACAUUGAGGAAGAUCGAGGGGAGGAGGAGACAUUCCCCAUUCCUAAAGCAUUUGUAGGCAACCAGCUUCCAUUUGUGGGUUUCACCUAUUACAGCAAUAACCAGUUCCCUCGGGAAUCAACUAUAAAGACAAGUGACAAACACUGCUCAACAAAGGAAGAUAAGAGUCAAUUGGAGAAUCUUCAGAAGAGAAUUUAUCAGUUAGAAGAACAACUUCACAGUGAGAUGCAGCUGAGAGAUGAGAUGGAGCAGAAGUGCAGGGCAUCCAAUACAAAGCUAGACAAGAUAAUGAAAGAGUUAGAUGAGGAGUGUAACCUAAGGAAGAGUGUGGAGGCAAACAUGUCUUUACUGGAGAAAGACAAGAUCAUGAUCCAGCACCGAGCAACAGAACAUCAAAGAAAGGCUGACCAGGAGGCUGAAAAACGAAGAAAUCUGGAGAAUGAGGUGUCUACUUUGAAGGAGCAACUGGAAGACUUGAGGAAAAUCAGUCAAAACAAUGAUAAGAUCGCCCAGCUACAGAACCAACUGGGGGAAGCCAACGACCUUCUGCGGGCUGAGUCUGACACGGUGGUGCGUUUGAGGAAGAGCCACACGGAGAUGGCGAAGUCAGUGAGCCAGCUGGAGGGCGUGAAUCGUGAGCUGCAGGAGAAGAGCCGUGCCGCAGAAAGUGUCAAACAACAGCUGGAAAAAGAGCUGCUGCAGCUGCAGACCACGCUAGACACAGAAAGACGAACCUGCAGCCGAGGCUCAGAGGAGAUCAGAGAACUGCAAGCUCGUAUCACGGGUCUACAGGAGGACAACAAGAACUUGAAGCAGAGUCUGUCUAAAGUGGAGCUGGAGAGGAAACAAGUCCAGGACAGAUGUAAUGUUCUUGAGAAGGAGAAGAACAGUCUGGAAAUUGACCUAAACUACAAGCUGAAGACUCUGCAGCAGCGGCUAGACCAGGAAUUGACCGAGCACCGCAUCACAAAGGCUCAACUCACAGACAAAUACGAGUCUAUCGAGGAGUCCAAGUCUGCUGCUAUGCAUGCGGUGGAGCAGAAGGUGUCGGAAGAGACCACACUGCGGAUGCGAGCAGAGAGCAGGGUGGUAGAGGUGGAGAAGCAGUGCUCCAUGCUGGAGUUUGACCUCAAACAGUCUGUACAGAAGAUGGAGCAGCUGAUGAAGCAGAAGGAGAGGCUGGAGGAUGAGGUGAAGGAUCUGCGGGUGCAGUUGGAGCAGGAGUCUGGGAAGCGUGUGCUGGCCCAAAACGAGCUGAAAAGCUGGACGAUGGAGGCCGAACGCCUGAAAGGAUCAGAGAAGCAACUCAAACAGGAGAUCAACGCGGCCCUCGAGAACAAACGCUCCGUUGAGUUCCAGUUGGCGCAGCUCACCAAGCAGUACAGAGGAAAUGAGGGUCAGAUGAGGGAACUUCAGGACCAGCUGGAGGCUGAGCAGUAUUUCUCAACACUCUAUAAAACUCAGGUGAAGGAGCUAAAGGAGGAGAUAGAGGAGAAGAAUCGACAAACUCAAGAGGCUCUUAAAAAAGUCCAGGACCUGUACUCAGAGAAGGAGUCACUCUCUGCUCAGUUGGACCUCACCAUGACGAAAGCAGAGUCGGAGCAAUUGGCCCGUGCGCUACAGGAAGAGCAGUAUUUUGAACUCUCUCAGGAGAACAAGAAGGCAGUGUCACGUUACAAACAGGAGAUCUCAGAGAAAGACUCGACCAUCACACAGCUUGAGGAAUCCAAUAAAACCCUCACCAAAGAUGUGGAGAUCCUCAGUAAGGAGAAGACAGAAUUGAAUGAGAGGCUCCAAGCUCAAGAAGGAGAGUUUGCAGCAGAGAAGGAGGAGGUAGCAAACUCAGUAAAGGCGAAUUACGAGAAGGCCCUUAAUAUAGAAAGAACUCUGAAGACCCAGGCGGUGAAUAAGCUGGCUGAGAUUAUGAACCGUAAGGACAUGAAGUUGGACCAGAAGAAGAGAGGCAGCACCACUGACCUGCGCAAGAAAGAGAAGGAGAAUCGCAAACUGCAGCUUGAGCUGAACCAGGAGAAGGAGAAGUUCAACCACAUGGCCAUCAAGUACCAGAAGGAGCUCAACGAGAUGCAAGCGCAAUUGGCAGAGGAGUCCACGUAUCGCAAUGAGCUGCAGAUGCAACUAGAUAGUAAGGAAAGUGACAUUGAGCAACUUAGAGAGAAACUGAACGACUUGCAGCUCCGCGUGGACAACUCCAGCGUCACCAGCCUGCAGACGGACGAGAUGGACAGUAACAUUGCUGAAUCACGGCUUGAAGGCUGGCUCGCAAUACCUAAUAGGGCUAAUAUAAAAAGAUAUGGCUGGAAAAAGCAGUAUGUUGUGGUGAGCAGUAAAAAAAUUCUCUUUUACAAUGAUGAGCAAGACAAGGAGCAGUCAAACCCCUCUAUGGUACUAGAUAUUGACAAACUUUUCCAUGUACGUCCUGUCACACAAGGUGACGUUUAUCGAGCUGAAACGGAUGAAAUUCCAAGAAUAUUCCAGAUCCUUUAUGCUAAUGAAGGUGAGUGUAGGAAGGAAGCGGAUGUGGAGAGUGUCCCUCAGGGUGAUAAGGCCAACUGCUUGCCCCACAAAGGCCAUGAGUUCAUCCCCACCCUCUACCAUUUCCCUUCUAACUGUGAGGCUUGCUCCAAACCACUGUGGCAUGUGUUCAAGCCUCCACCAGCCCUGGAAUGCCGCCGUUGCCACGUCAAGUGCCACAAGGACCAUCUGGACAAGAAGGAGGAUGUUAUCGCCCCUUGCAAAGUUAAUUAUGAUGUGACAUCAGCUAGAGACAUGCUGCUUCUGGCCUUGUCCCAAGAUGAGCAGAAGAAAUGGAUUGGUCAUCUCGGCAAGAAGAUUCCCAAGACUCCUCCUUCUACCUUCUCAAGGGCAUCCCCACGCACAAUGUCCACUCGCUCCGUAGCAAACCAGUCCUUCCGCAAGAACCCCAAAAACUUGCCGGGCAAGCCAAGCAGGGCGCAGUCCAGUCUCCAUGCGGACACAACAUCCAGUACAUGCUGACAACAUCAUACAGCUCCUCCACACCUUAAAUGUCUAAUGGUGUAGUCAACUACUCCUGUGUUUGUUUAGUACAUUCAUUCACAGUUUUUAAGGUCGAGGUUAACUGUCAGUUGCUCUCUGGAGGCCUGUUCUUUUCUGUUUACUGUGGGUUUUUGUUUACUAGAAUGGCAAAUUCUUUCCUUUACAUAAUUAACCAACUAAAAGGGAGUUUUCUUUAUCUGGACAGUGGCUCUGUACGGUUUUGGCUUUAAAACUUCAAAUUUCCCCCUCUAUUCUGCCAUUUUUAUCAUUGUGGCAUUAUGGAGUUUAUAUUUGCAUUGGAAUAAUUUUUAAUUGAGAGUAAAAUAAUAUCACCAGCCACUUUUCGAGAGGCUGCUCACUGCAGAGCCAAUGGGUGGAGCUUGACAUCCAGCUGUCAAGUCCUGCUCCUGAAGGGCCAUUGUCCUGCACCGUUUAGUGCACCACAACCCCAAUUAAACACACCUGAACCAGGUAAUCAAGGUGUUACUAGGCAUACUAGAAAGUUACAGGCAGAUGUGUUGAUGCAAGCUGGAGCUAAACUCUGCAGGACAGUGGCCCUCCAGGACAGAGUUUGGACACCCCUGAGCUAAACGGUCCAACCAUACCCUAACCCUACUCAUAACCCUAUCACUAAACAUAACUCCACCCAUUAUGUCUAGAGAGAGGGAAAUAGAUGUCAUUUUUCUGCCUUCAAAUUUCUAUGAUCAGACAAAACCUGACAAAGGAAGUACUUAUAUUUUGCUUGAAGAAAAUGAAGCUUUUUUAAGGAUUUUUUAGUAUUGUCGCAUUAUUGACAGCGAGUAUCAAUAUAACUGCUUCUGUAUCGAUUAGACAGUACAUGGACCACACCUCAUUUGAAUACAAGAAGAGUGUUUAAACUGAGUGGAAAAGUGCAAAGUUUCGAAUGCAUAGAAAAAAAUCUCAAGACAAAAAUCUUGGAGCAGUUUCAGUAAAUGUAGAGUGGGUGUUCAUUUUGUAUAGUUAUAAACUUACUAGAAAAGUUGUGAUGAUUUAUUAAAAAUUUAUUAGAAUAAGUACACCACUAUCUCUGGGUAUAAAAGAGGCCAAACAUAGAAGAAUAGUUUUGUCAUGAUACUGGAAUUUCUAAAUUCAAUACGAUACCUUAAAAAGUAUCGAUAUUUGAUACCGUUUUCGAUACCACUGGGAAAAAAAGUACUGCAUAUACUGUUCAUCCAUCCAUUGAAAAUCUAGGCAAUCAAUAAUUUCUUCUGAAGAGAUCACUUUAUAUGAUGACAGAUUUUAAUUUAAGAUUUUAUUCAUAUAUAAACAUUGAUCAAUUACCAUUACAAUUAUGUCACGUAAAUAUUUGCUCACUCAAUGUAUUUGUGCACAACAGCACAAAUACAAUAGAAUAAAGAUACAAAUGAAAUAAACUGCUUUCUUUUCGGGUCUAACAGCAGUAUUCAGGUAAGAAACUGAUCAAAUUUAAAAUAACAUCUUCAUUGUAAAAAUUAAAUCCAAAUUAAACAAUUAAAGUUAUAAUUGUGAUUUUCUCUUUGACUUUUGUUUGACUAAUAUUAACAACAGACAGCGGCAUGUUUAUUAGGCUGUUGUCCCUUUAAGACAUAAAGUUACACAUUCGGCACUCGUGAGCUGUAUGUCAGAGGCGGUUUUAUUAUGUGUGUGCACUUCGGAUGCAAGCGAGAAAUCUGCGGGCACGAGUAGAAUUAUGCGCAAUCCCGCGCCGAAAUUCAGACCCUGUCACGCCAACACAACUAUCAACACUAUUUAUUUCAGAUAUUUCAGUAUCGAUACGUAUCGAAAUAACGAUAUUUUUGACACUAUUGCAGAUUAUUGGUGGUGGCGGUGGCGGUGGUGGGUACCCUACACCACUACCUGCACUGUUAUACAUUGUUCAAUAACCAGCUGUUAUACUAAUCUGACCUAUAUUGCAAUACAUAUCUGGCCACUGUAUCAUGAUGACAAUUGGCUAUUCUUAUUACUGUAAUUUAGCUAACUGUGUGAUUUGAUUACAUUACUGAAAUUACUUACCUUGCAGUCACCUCUGAUAACAGAUCACUCUAAAUUGUAAUGUUGACAUGCAUUUUCUGUAAAGCUGCUUUGAAACAAUAUGUAUUGUGAAAAGCGCUAUACAAAUAAAUGUGAAUUGAAAUUCAUUUAAAAUAGACAAUAAGAAUUAGCAUUGAGAUUUAAAAAAAAAAAAUAACAUCCAGAUGUUUUGCUGUAAUUUUAAGGUUAGAUGUCCUUAAUUGUCAUGAAAAUAAUGUCAUAAUGCAUACAAAUAUCUUAGUUUUCCUACAGGCUUCAUUUCCUUCAUGUAAAAUAUAACUUUUAAAAGUUA